GAUCCCGAUUUUUUGUUUCUUGCUGCAUACCCAUCGUUAUACCUUAAUUAGAUCACACGAAUGAUAUAAAAUAAUGUUAGACGCUUUCUCCCGUGGUAUCAUCUCGUUCGAAUGGCGUUCCCGAGGCAAUAAAUCGGCCAUAGCAAACGUGCGUUUCGUGUGCUCGCGCCCGUCUACACCCGACCUAUCUCAUUGUUUAUGUAUGGAGAAUAAGCCAGGAAUUUUUAUGGGGAUUCGCGGUGUAUUCUCGUUUUAAUUGAAUAUCUGGAAACGAUCAGGGUUUCUCGGCGCCUGGUAGUGACGGCGGGGUCGGUCCGCGCCAUCGGCGUCCCCCCGACCGCCAAGGUUUUUGUGAUCUCUAUUUAUAAUAUUCUCUCGAUCAUUUGGUGCAGCAUAAUGACAUUCUUGUAAUGAAGUGCCGUUCUGUGGAUUUGUGGGACAUGUGCCAAUUAUUGUGCCCGUGACGAAACGCGCCACGGAUUAGUUUUGUAUGUAUACAAAUGCACAACAUUAGUGUUUGACUUAGAUGGGAUCACAUGGACAUAAAAAAUAUCUAGAGAGUGUUGUUACAUGGCCAUGUACUGUCUUAGACACUGUGAUACAGUUUCAAUGUGCUAAACACCUGUAUAUGUGUUGUAUUUAUCACACUUGUGGAUAAGCAGUCAAGUUGGCGAAGGCACGCAGGGGUAUGAUCAAGGAGAAGGAGAAGGGCGGAGGCGCCCGCCUCAAGGACGAGCCCAGUGAUCCUGCUGAGCCCGGACAUGGGUCGCGUCCGCCGUCAGCGUCGCUGCCGACCCCAGCGGCGUUGAAAAAGGAACCUGACGAACCUCAGCACAGGGUCAAAUUGGAACCCCAUAGUCAGUCGGGUGGAGAAGACUCCACUGCCGACCUGGGAGUUGACGGUAUCAAGACUGAGAUUGACGGCCUUAUGGAUAGCGACGGUGACCCCACGAAAUCUCCGUCGUGUGAACUCGGCGGCCCAGGCUCUCUUAAGUCGGAGCGACUUUCCUCAGACUCAAAUGAUAUAUUAGACCCUCAGACAGGUCUCAGAGGACCCACAAAUAAUCUUCAGGAUCAAAAUCAAAAUUGUCGUAACCCCAACGGUGGGCCUGAGACCAUGGGGUCUUGUCGCAUGGGUGGCGGAGGAGGACCGAUGGGUCCCGGCGUCCCUAUGGGCUCCAUGUCUGCCAGUGAAGCACAAACGCUACCUUCUAACGUCAUCAGCAAACAAGCUGGCAGUAUGGAGCAGCAAAGUCAAAUCUUCGUGUUCUCAACGCUGUUGGCUAACAAGGGGGCAGAAUCCGUCAUUUCGGGACAACAUCACUCAAUUAUAGCGUAUCACUGCGCACAACCAGGCACUAAGAAGUAUCUUGAGAAACACCCUCUCAAGAUGGGUCAGUUCAAUAAACAGAGCCCUGCACAAUGGUUAAACAAUCUCGCCAUGGCCAAAACUCGGGGUGGAAUGCGAGGUGGGCCUAACAUGAUGGGUGGGCCUAAUCAAAUGGGGCACAUGAUGGGUGGACCAAUGGGCCCCAACAUGGGUCCAAUGGGUCACGGUGGAAUGGGACACAUGGGCCCUAACAUGAUGGGCCCCAACAGAAUGGGUGGACCUGGAGGUCAAAUGAUGAUGAUGAAAGGUGGACCAGGACAGAUGGGUCAGAUGGGACCUGGGAUGGGGCCUAUGGAUGGGUUUCCAGGAGGCACCCCGUCCUGUGGUGUCAUGGACGGCCUCGGUGCUGAUGGUGAAAUGCCCUGGGACACCAAAAACCCCUCUGUAAUGUCAAAUGGCAUGGCGAAUGGACCGGGCUCGUUGCCGGCUUGCUCGGAAGCGGGCCCCACUCCACAAGAUGCGCCCACUAGUCAAGCCUCUUCUGACUCCGGCCCUGAUCAACCUUGCCAAACUGGACCUAAAGGUGUGAAAAUACCAGAUGAAAACCUAACACCACAACAACGGGCCCACCGCGAGGAGCAACUGGCCACAAUACGCAAAAUGCAACAGAUGUUGUUCCCGGAAAGCGGAGGCAACAACCCCAACCAGGGCCCUGGUGAUGGAUCACAAGCCCCCAACGAUAUCAACCCACCAAACUCCAGUGCUAAUAUGAAUAUGUCACCUUUCCCCCCAAUGUCCAUGGGUCCAAAUGGCCCAAUGGGAUCUGGUCCAAAUGGGCCUAUGGUUUCCAUGUCAAACAGUAUGAACUCGGGACCGAGCUGCACAAUGUCCGGCCCGAUGGGCCCCAAUGGCCCUAUGGGAGGACCAAUGGGACCCGGCGGUCCUAUGGGUCCAAAUGGCCCCAUGGGUGGUCCAAUGGGAGGGAUGGGUGGGCCGGGUGGUAUGGGAAUGGGAGGGCACGGGUCUAUGGGGCCUAAUGGUAUGAUGGGUCCAAAUGGGCCUAUGAUGUCGGGAAUGGGUCCGAACGGGCCGAUGGGUCCAAUGGGACCUUGUGGGAUGAAGGGAAUCAGAGGUCCAUGUGGUGGUCCAGACAUGAAGAGUGGAAUGUGUACAGAUAUGCAUAUGGGAAGAGGAUGUGGAGGACCAAUGGGGCGUAUGCCUAACCCCAUGGGUGGAAUGGGAGGGCCUAAACCAUGUAUGAUGGGUGGACCACACAUGGGACCUAGAAUGAUGCCAGGACCUAAUCUCAAUGCUAUGAAUGUGCCGCGUCUUCCAGGAGGGAUCAUGAUGGAUGGGAGUAUGAUGGGUGGCAUGGUGCCUCAUGGAGACUGUGGACCAGACCACCAUGGGAUGCCCGUCAAUGGGCCCAUGUGCGACGAAUAUGGACGCGGGAGAAACAUGGGUCCAGGCGACCCCGGUGGGUUAGGUCCGGGGGUGCACAAGGCGGGGCUGCGAAGCCCCAAGAGCCCCGCCUCAGCAGACAUCGACUGGCAGAAGAUACAACACCAAUUCUUCGAUGACCCCAAGUCCAUGGAUAAUGACAUGAGCACACAAGUAAAGUCACCCUGUUCUGAAAGAGGCGGGUGUCUACCCCCGCCGCCUUAUGGAACCUCACCUUUACACAGAUCUGCCUCUGUGCCUAUAGAUGACCGUUAUUCACGGUCAGCAGCGACACAAUCACCGGGACACGGGUCUGUACAAAUGCCAAUGUCUGCGGAGGCGUCUAGGGCCGGCUCAGGGCUUAACAGUCCUGCGCAUUGCAAACCGGGACCUAAAAACGAUGCACCAGAAAUACUAGAGAAACUAGACGAGGGGGUGUUUGUCCGUACUCUCCAAUGUUUGGCGGCGCAACAGCAGAAGAACCAACAGGGUAGUUCGCACGGCAAGGAGCCGAGUUUGAUGCCCGUGCCGUCACCGCAGCAAAUAUCGUACCUCAACCAGUUCGAAGGUCAAGAGUUAACAAUACAGAAACAGCCAAACACGUCACUAAAAGACAACGGGCCGCCAUCAAACAGUGGAGGGCAAACACCACAAUCUAACUCAAAUCAGAAAUCACCCGCCGGCAUGAUGCCGGGCACGCCUGAACCUCAUGGAUCGUUGUCGGAAGCGAGAGCAGGCCGCUUCUCCUUGGAACAGAGUCCAGGCUUCAAUAAUCCACAAACACCCACCUCUGCUGCCAACACUAAGUGCCAGGAUGAAAAAUCUCGACCAAGUCCACAAUCGAACCGGUCAAGUCAAGACAGUGCAUCGAAAACGCCACAACGGGACACCCCGAACUUGAGCCAGGGACCUUAUGCGCCGACGUCGUCAUCGUCGUCGUGUGCUGGAAGUGUUAAGAAUAGUUGCAGCGUAGCGUCCAGUGGGUCUGUUACCACGGCGAGUGGAUCUAUGGACGAUUCUAUGGCGGGAAAUAAUGAGACAACACUAUCGGGUGGGCCAAACAGCACGAGUCUUCCAGGACCUUUCCCUGGCCCGUGCAGUAUGAACAGGCCAGACAACAUUCCCAUCAACCCCAACCAGGGUCCAAAUGGGCCCAUGACGUCCACGUCUUCCUUCGACCCUAUUUCGUCCCUGGCACAAAUGUCACAACAGCUCACAAACACAGUGGGUGGUGGCGGCCCUGGCCCUGGAGGGCCAAUGGGACCCAAUGGCGGCAACAUGGGACCUUUCGGAUCAGGACCACAUCAUAUGCAACACCAUCACUCAAUGCAUCCUCAUGGACAUCCACAUAUGAUGAUGAAUGAUUUAGGAUGCCAUAUGGACAACAUGGGUGGGCCAGGAAUGGGUGGACCUAUGGAAGGAAUGAUGGGAGGAGGCGACUUCCCGCCUGAUAUGAAUCUUAGUCCAAAAAUGGGUGGAGGGCCCAUGGGCGGUCCUAUGGGACCGAUGGGACCUGACGCAGCCAUGAUGGGACCCAGAAUGGGUGGUGCUGGCAAAAUGCCACCCUUCAACGGUGCAAACGUACAAGUUAAAGCGAGCGCACCUAACACGAUACAGUACCUGCCCACGAGGCCGCAGAUGCCUUGCAACUCAGGACCACGAGGUCCCCCCAGCUUGGACUUCUUGCAGCGAGUGACGAACCCACAGAUGCAAAUGGAGGGCGGUAAGGGAGGCGUGCCCUACUUCCCAGGCGCGCGCGCCAUGGACAUGGAGGGCAGCAUGCGCGGCGUCAUGCGCGCACCCAACAUGCUCCGCAUGCCGCACCACUACCCCGCCGGGUUCAAUUCCCCGCCCAAGAUGCCCGAUCCUUUCGGUGGGCCUGGGCCCAACCCCAUGUGUGGGCCUAGCUUCCGGGGCGUGAAGGGUGGCAUGGGACCCGGUAACGUACGCAUGGGGUCAGCGCAACCGCUGCCGCCGUCCAUGGGUGGGCCGGGGCCAGGCUUCAAGGGUCAGGGCUUCGCAGUGCCGUCGACGGCAGACCCGACGUACGCGGCGCAGUUCCACAACUUCCAGCAGCAGCUGUACGCGACGGGGUCGCGCGCGGCGCAACCCCACCAGACGUACCCGCCGUACCAGCCGUCUAAGUGAUGGCCGGCGACCGAGUGCGCCGCCUGUGCCGCGGUAUGACGUCGCGGCUCUGUCGAUGCUGUUCAGUUUUAGCGACGUUCGUUCUUUUGUAUUGCAGACUGAUCGGUGGUAGUUUGUGUUUUUCGUCGACGAAGAAUGCGACCGUACUUAAUAAAUUGUACACCAGUGAAAUGAGAGAUCAAAUAUUUUGUUAGUGAUUUUCGUUAGUCCGCGUAUUAUUGUGAGAUUUUUCGAUGUUGUGAAGUUUUUCAAACUAAUUUUAUUAUGUUUAUUGUAGCGUAUCGGUUUCGUUUUAGGUUAUUAUUCUAGGUUUCUUGACUGAGCAUGAAUUUUAUGUUAGUGAAUGCAGAUGCGUUUGUACAAAUUGUACAAAAUUUAGACGUGUUAUUGUGUACUCUACAUAAUUUAAAGUACAGUUUAGACGUAAUUUUUUGCUUAUGGCAAUAAAUUAGUUUUAGAUGGUUUUUACACAGACAUGCCAGAAUUUCAGUGUAUCGGUUCCUUUACUUAGCUAUUUUUAUAUAUGAUUCCUAUGCACACAGAUAUCUAGUCAAUUUUGAAAUUAAUGGAGCCCAACCCUGUGUUAAAAUGUAAUCUUAAACUAUUGAAUCCGCACUUUGGUUACUCUAAUAACACAGAAGUACAUAAUUUUAUAUGUUUUGUCCAUUUUAGUUUUAUGUUAAUUAAUUAAUUAGUGAAAUUGGUUUAUUAUAAUUAUUUGGCUUAAUGGUCAGUAUAAAUUGAAAAUUAUGUUUCAGUUAAUUAACUGUUUCAUUUGAUCUGAAUAGCAAUGUUUUUUCUGUCUUCCAAUACCUUUACUAGGCUCUUAAUAUAACAAUACCGCUAGUGUCGAGUAUACAUGAUCAUUUUAUACUCUACUUAAAUCUAAAACUUGUUAAUUACAAGUGCUAGUAGUCUUUACUUUUAAUAAUUAAAAGUACUUAAAAUCUGAUGCCAUAUUAUUUGCCACGUGAAUUUAUUUCGUGAUAUUUUUAACCGUCUUAUUUAAUUUAUUAUCGUCUGUAAUUCUGUAUGAACAAUGCCAAGAUUAUCUGAUCGCAACAGUUUUUGUUUUAAUCAUAGUACAUAGGGCAUAUUAAUAUGCUAGGCUAGUAGUCGCACAUUGUGGUUGACACAGUGGCCUUGGUUAAGUAAUGCCUUGUUUAAAAAGCAAUGAACCCCGGCGGAUGCGAAGCGAGCGAUGAGCGAUCACACACCGGACCUGUGUGCAGACUGCACUACACACAUACACAUUAACGUCAUCACUCAUCACAACAUUACAUCACAGACAAACAGACCCAACGCACUCUUACAUAUUUCUAAACGUGGCCAGCUAAUUUGUGUAGCACAAACGAUAACACAAAUUAGCUUCACAUUUAAAAUAGUAUUAAUUAGUUUUUUAAAAGACGUGUUAUCAAUAUCGGCGUCGAAAUCGGACAUAGUAUUUCAUAUAACACGCAAAUAUGAUCUCCAUUUUUAAUCGAAUAGGAUAAAACCGUGUUAAAUGACGAAGGACACCGAUAUGUUCAACGGACGGAUUUUAAAGUUGCAAUCUCCUCGAAUAAUAAUUAUUUGUUUUAUUCAGGAUUUGACAAAAUACCUAACGUAAGGUCCAAGGUAUAUUUGAGUAUCAUAGCGAUACUAGUCCAGUACUCUCCCGUGAUCUCAUUCACUGCUUUGUGCCAAUUGCCAAGUAUCGUUGGGUGACGUAACACGUCGAAUAAAUAGUUGCGGAGACACGGAGCGCGUUCCAACGAAAUUAUUGUAAAGAUUUAUAAGCCGCGGUAUUAGCUCAACGUAGCACAGUCUGCACUCAGCUCUAGAUCUCGAGAUUACAAAGGGCAUGGAGUAAUUGUGAGGAAACAGCACAACAGUCCAGUAAGAAACACCCGCUAGCAAUUAGAUAGUCUUAAUUUAAUUGUAAUUAUAAUAUAAGGUAAAGAAUGGUUCUUGUUUUAGUAAUAAGCGAAGAGCAAUGAUAUAAAAUAGUUUGUGUAAUAUUGAUAAGAGAUGAAAUUAAGAUGCAAACUAUUGGUUGUGAUUCUGACACAAUUUGUUAAGUUGUUCGUAGAUUUGUCACACGGAGAAUUGUGGAAACUUUACUGAUUCACGAUAAGGUCCUUUUUAAUUUUAUUUUUAUUUGUUUUUGGAUAUUUUUUACUUGUCGUUCUCGUUUGUACAUCGCUAACAAUAAUUGUACAGAGUACUUUUGGACUUAAUUUAAGGCAAUAAAUGUAUUUAUUUUAUAACUCGUGAUGUAAGAAUUUAUUCUUAAUUAUUAUAAAAAAAUAUAUAAUAU